AUGGAUGAGUUCAGGGUUUUGAACGCGUACUGCACGCGCAUCGCAAACUGCCUCUCAUCGUCCGCUAGCGAAGAGGCAGACAGUGAUCUAAAUGAAGUGGUUUCAAAUUUCGAAUUGUUGGUUGUGUCGUCAGACAAAUCAUCACCUGCGACGACGCCUUUUAGCGGUGAAAAGAUUCCUUCUAGCGUUUUGAGGCUUUUCGGCGCUAGCUUCUACAGUGAGAAGAGGUUUCGCUGCUUAUCUAAACUCUGUGCGUUAUCAAUCACGCGCUCCGAGAAUACGGAUAUCUCGGCCGGCUGGUAUAAGGUGCGGUUUGUGGUAUGGUCAUGCCUCUUGAAUCCGUUCACGGCUUCGGAUGUCACUAAGGAGGUGCCUGAUCUUGUGUUGUCCGUUUUGGUGGACUUUGUGCAUGCCCCUCUCACGUCAGCCGAUAAUGUAGUGGAGCGGUUGGUGCUGCUAUGGCGGUUACGACGCGACGCACGGCUGCGCAGAGCAGCCAACCGGGCCCUGUAUGAAACACUGAAUCGUGACGACACAAGUGAUAUGAUAGAGUUAGAGUUGAAGACUUGCAAAGACGAUACUGAUGAGACAUCGCCAUACAGGCUGCAGUUGCUGCGUAUCUUGUCCGAGAUCCUGAGGGCGCCCGCCCACCGGUACACGACUCUGUAUCGCAAAGUGAUGGAUGAUGUUGCAAGAUAUGGCUGGUUUGUCCCGGUAACCUCCGAUGAUCCUAACGAAGGUGGCGAUUUCUGCGAACUUCACAUCUCUGUUAGUGCUUCAGAGUUCGCUGACAAUACUCAAUCUAACCUAAUACGCAUAGGGAAACGCGUAUCGUAUCUGAGGUCUCCGGAUGUGGUAACAAAUGAUUCCUUUGUGGAGCUGGAUUACUCUUCGGAAGUGCUCUCCAGCAUGCUGUGUCACGUGGACGUGCAUAUAGGGUCCGUGGUUAUGGGCGACUGUUGCAAGGAGUUCCACAUUCGUGAGCUUGCGAGGCGUCUAGGCAUAGCGUCUGACUCGAUAAGUCGCAUCUACACCGACGAAAGCACCGAUGUGAAGGCCUUGAUCGGCCAGUGGGUAUGCACCGACAAAGUUGGCGAGUUCAAGUUCAGCUACGGUAUACUGUCGACAGCGAUGCGCCUCGGCCGCUGGCUCAUCUUCGACGAAAAUUUGUCAGAGAGCAUCGCGUGCCUGCUCUACAGCGUCUGUCAACUGGGACGUGUGAUAAUCCCCGAGCUGAACGAGGUGGUUGAGGCUUCGAGCAACUUCCACGUCUUCAUCACUGCCAGGAACAUCCAGAGCCUCACUGGUAGCCUGAAGCAUCUGCCGAGAACAUAUGUACCCCCGCUGUCAGAAAGCGAUUGCGUUGAGAUAGCAUGCAAGCGCUGGUCAGAGGUUACUCCCAUUUGUGGCUCCUUGGUAUCAGCCUUCUUCUCGCUGCGUGAAAGCCUUUGCAAACACCGAGGAUUUAAUUUUUCAGAUCUGUUCAAGAUCCUCCAUCGGUUGGCGACAUCGGGCGUGAGUUUCGACGGGUACCUCUCCAGCGCCACGAAGGGCGUGAUGUUGGAGGCGUUCUACUGCGUGGUCCUGGCUUCAAUGUCCUGUGACGAGCAGAGAAAUGGACUGCUGGGCGACGUUGCCGAGCAUUUCGGGGUUUUACCUUCUGCGAGUUACGACGUGCUGCCUCUCAACCAGAUUAAGGCUGGUGAAAACACACGAGUGCACAUGAAAGUGCUGCACCAGCUGAUGUCGUGCUACCUCUGCAAUGAGCCUGUGCUCCUGGUAGGAGAGACCGGUACGGGCAAGACUGCUAUAAUACAGCAUUUCGCCAAGGUGGCAGGGAAGACGUUGAAGGUAUAUGUGUUCAGCGAGCAAUCGGAGGCUGACGACCUGCUCGGGAGUUUCUUCCCAGACAACAUAGCCGACGUGUGCUCAAACAUAUUCUCCCGCGCCUUGAAUGUGAUACUGCGUUCUUGUGUGGUGGAGGAUGCGCUGCUGUGCUACCUCGACCAUUUGGUAGAACUCUAUCGACAGGGCCAGUACGCCAGGAUACUCUCCAUGCUAUCGUCAACUUUGACGAAUCUGAUGGGUUCGGCCACUACUGAGAUGGCCAAUGAAGCUACCACACUACGCGUCGAAUGCAACAUGCGUUGCGGUGGCGAUGCCGCCGUAAAGCACGGCUUUAAGCUGAGCCAUCUCCAGCAACCGCUCGAAUCGCUUCCUGCAGGAGUAAUGGCGAUAUUCGAAAAAUACACGUCAUCAUUGAAAUCGUCUGGGCCGCAGCUGCAUUUCAAGUUUGAGGAGGGGCUGUUGGUUCGUGCGAUGCGGGAGGGAUGGUGGAUCCUGCUUGACGAGGUCAAUCUGGCACCGUCUGACCUGCUGCAGCGUUUUGUUGGCGUGCUCUCCAAUGUGAGCAAUAAGUUCGAGCUCUACGAGUGUGAGAAUCGUGUGGUGGACAUCCACGAAGACUUCCGGCUGUUCGCGUGCAUGAAUCCGCCGACCAUCCGCAAGGGCGACUUUGUGACAUUUACAAGCGGCAAGAAGGAACUUCCCGCCAACUUCCGCAGCCACAUGACGGAGAUAUUUGUCGAUGAGAUCGACACCCUCGAGGACGUCUCCAUUGUGGUUGGCUCUUACGUGGAUCCGGACGACCGCAGUGUCCCCAGCGCGGAGCUAUGCCACUUUUACCUGAAGGUCAUCGAGCUGUGUCGCAACGGUGAGUUGGAGGAUGGGUCUUUCAAGUCACCUACCUUCACAUUGCGUAAUCUGGUGCGCACCCUGCACUAUAUGCAGCACGUGAUGCAGCGGAGCCAUCGCCCUCUUAAGGAUGGCAGAGCGGCAUUCGUGGAGGGAGCUCUGGCAUGUUUCGCCUCGUCCCUUGGAUCAGUCUCGUUUUCCAAGGUGGAGUCGUUGUUGCCGUCACUGCCUUCUCGUACAUCUACCUCUUUCGAGGAGAGCGUGGAUUACGUACGCGUAGAGGGAUAUUGGAUUCGCAGGGGAGGGGAGCCGAUUCACCGUCAGGAGCAGUUUAUUGUAACUCCGAACAUAUCCAAGAAUCUGCGACGUCUGUGCCGCAUAUUGAGCGGCCUUAGGGUGCCAGUGCUCUUGGAGGGUCCAACGGCUUCCGGCAAAACGUCAUUGGUGCAAUACCUCUGUUCGCUAACUGGACACCGAUGCGUGCGCAUCAAUAACCACGAGCACACUGACCUGUCGGAGUAUCUAGGCCAGUUUGUCUUUGAUUCGGUAUCAUGCCAGCUGAAGUUCAACUACGGACCUAUAAUUACGGCUAUGAAGGAAGGACACUGGGCGAUUUUGGAUGAACUGAAUCUGGCACCCAGUCAGAUCCUCGAGGCUCUCAAUCGCAUCCUUGACGACAACCGAGAGGUUUAUGUUCCCGAGACCGGGGAGACCAUAAAGUCACACCCCGAGUUCAUGAUAUUCGCCACUCAAAACCCCGCAAACAGCAUAUACGGCGGUCGUAAGCAGCUUUCGAAAGCGUUUUGCAACCGAUUCGUGCAACUGUACAUAGAGGGUCUGGAUACGGCCGAUCUGCAGCAGGUGCUCCACCAGCGCUGCGCAAUCCCGUUGUCACGCGCCGAGAAGAUAGUUUCCGCUUUCCAGACAAUUCAGUCCUGCCCGAUGAACUCAAUGGCGUUUGAGCGCCAUUCGGUGCUGAUAACGCUACGCGACCUGAUUAAGUGGGCCAAUCGCGUGCGUUCCGAUGACGAGGGUCUUGCCUACUACGGUUGGUGCGUGAUUGCUGAGAAACUUCGCAAUCCAGUAGACCAAGAAACCGUUAAAGGCAUACUUGAACGGUGUUGCCUUCUUUCCAAACCAAAUAAGCCCAAGGAACUGGUCAUCAACUUCGAGGCUGACAAGUUCUUGCGAAGCUUCCUCGAAUCUAGUGGUUUGAGCACAUAUGAUCUGUGCGCCCGUGAGCGUUAUUUGUGGUUCGACGGUUCUACAAGCAGACUAGUUGCGCUUUUACUUUGUGCGCUGGAACACCGCGAGCCCGUGCUCCUGGUCGGUGAGACUGGCAUUGGCAAGACCACCAUAUGCCAGCUCUUGGCCAAAAUUUAUAACCGCCGGCUCAACAUCCUGAACCUGAGCAAGAACACUGAGGCUAGCGAUUUCAUCGGUAGUUUCCGCCCCAUCAGAAGUUUGAAAUCGUUCCACUCGCAUGUAGGCAUGCUGAUAGAUUACUUCGAGGACGACGUGCACUGCUCCGAUCUUGAGUACCUGCGCGAGGUGAUGACGACACCGUUGUCACAAGUCGAUCGUUCCAAGUUCAUGGAAGUUUUGGGCAGGGUAUCCUCCCUGCUGAAAAGUGAUGCGAAUGUUGCGCCGGAGAAGAAUGCUGAUCGGGAUGCAAAGCGCCAGAAGAUGAAGUCAUCUACUCCUGAAAGCAUCCGUGUCAUCAUAAGCCAGCUGAUGAGGUCGUUUUCAAACCAACUGUUUGAAUGGGUGGAUGGGCCCCUGACUAGUUCCAUGGAACUAGGGGAGUGGUUCCUCGCGGACGAGAUCUCCCUGGCAGACGACGCCGUGUUGGAGAAAAUGAACUCGGUACUGGAGGCUGACAGUACGCUUACAAUCCCAGAAGCGGGUGGCUCGACUUUGCGUAUGCUGCGCGCCCACAGCGAUUUUAGGUUUCUGGCGACGAUGAACCCAAGCGGGGACCAUGGUAAGCGUGAAUUGAGUCCGGCGCUGCUUAACCGUUUCACGGUCAUUUACAUUCCAACCCCAGAUUUUGAGAACUACGAUGUAAUCCGUCGCGUACUGGAGAACUGCGGCGGCGCUAAACCGGACUGGGUCGCCAGCUCAAUGGCUGCAGUUAUCCGUCUGUACAACGAGCGUUGCCCGCACCAGAAACUAACACUGCGUGAUGUGAUAAAGUGGGCUGAAUUCAUGGGAGAAGUAUGUUCUCUGGACACUUUCCUCCAAGGUGCCCAUGUUGUGUUCCUGGAUAACAUGGUUGCCGGUGCUUCUGGGGUGUCCUUAAGGGACGUCGUGGAGAUCGUAUCGCGAUACUUGGAAGACGUAAAUGUGGAAGGCGUAAUAUCGAGCUUUAAUGACAAUACCUGGGUCCACAAAGAACUAGAUCGUUUGGGAGUACCCCCGUUGUCAAGCAUCGCCUCGUUCACUCUGGGCUCAAAGAGCAGUUUGUGCAUGGUUGGCAAAAUUCUGCGUGCCCUGAAAGUCAACCGACCCAUAUUGCUUGAGGGGCAGCCUGGUGUAGGAAAGAGCGCUAGCAUCAGUGCAUUGGCGUCGCUCCAUGGCACCAAGUUGGUGCGUGUCAACCUGUCGGAACACACGGAUAUUAUGGACCUCUUCGGCUCGGAUAUCCCCCGAGCGGUUGACGGUAACUGGAAAUUCGUUUGGCACAACGGGCCUGUCAUUGAUGCGGCUAUUAACGGUUACUGGGUAGUGCUAGACGAGCUUAACCUAGCGAGCCAGCAGGUACUGGAGGGUCUGAAUGCGUUGCUGGAUCACCGUCGAGAGACCUUCAUCCCGGAAUUGGACCGUUUCGUAAAGUGUCACGAGAACUUCCGCCUGUUUGCGUCACAGAAUUCUGCAGUUGAUGGAGGAGGCCGCAAGCAUCUACCCAAGUCCUUCCUGAACCGUUUCACCAAGAUCUACUUCCCACCCUUGGAUGAGAGCGACUGCUGCGCCGUCCUGGAGCACCUUUACACGACAUUGCCUGCUCCUAUGAUAAGCAGGCUAGUCAACGUACUCUUUGAGAUCAGAAGUAACAACUUUGGUAAAGGAGUGGAAUGGAACCUGCGUGAUUGCAUGCGCUUCUGUCAAUCGGUGGAAGCUGGCAUCCCGUCGUCCGACUUCGAUGACGCUUUCAGAUUCACAUUCAUGUCGCGUUUGGAUUCAAAGGACAUGGUUACGGCAAUUGCUUCGUCAAUUGGUUUAACUGAAACGCAAAUGGUUCCGCACGUCACGCAGCCAUCUGCUUGGUGCCAAGCGAACAAAACAACAAAUGAGGUGGAUAUGCAUGUUGACACAUCGACCGUGGCAACUGAUAAAUGUUGUGGAGCGAGUCGCAGUUCGUUCAGCUACGAGCCGAUUUGGAUGCAGAGUCAAGAAGAUGUCUGCAUCACGGUCAGCAUGGCUGCUAGUCUAAACUUCCCAGUGCUCCUAUUGGGUCCAAGUUUGAGUGGCAAGCAAAGUGUAAUAAAGUGCGUGGCAUCACGUUGCGAGCAGCAAUUAACUGAGAUCACAAUGCUGCCGUGCUUCGACAUCAGUGACCUUCUUGGCGGCUUUGAGCAAGUGGGUAAUACGGAAGGCAACGUUUCUUCCGUCACCUUCCGCUGGGUAGACAGUCCUCUGGUAGAGUCGAUUGAGCGUGGCAACUGGGUGCUCUUGACCCGCAUCCACAACGCAAAUCCGGCGAUUCUAGAUCGGCUGAACUCGUUGUUGGAAGUUGGCGGCACGUUGACCCUGAACGAAAGCGGUGACUGCAAUCGUGUUAUUCGACCUCAUCCUAAUUUCCGCAUAUUCAUGACGGCGGACUCGGUGCAGGUUGGUAAGAUAUCCAAGGCGUUCAGGAACCGCUGUCUGGAGGUAAGCAUGAACUACCCCAACUGCGUGCGCCAACUUCCCACACCGAUUCCACAGUGCUCUUUUAUGGAGCAACUAUGCAACCAGAUAUCGGAUUAUGUGGCAUCUCUGCAACCUCCAAUGGCAGAAGGUGGUCAUGAGGUAACACGUGACGUCAGCCUCAAGUGCUCAGAAGUAAUAGACGGCGCCAGGCUGCUGAAAAGCUUUAGAAACUACACGUGGCAUGAUUGUGUACUGAGAUCAUUCUGCAGCGCUGUCUUGGGUUCGUAUCUAACUCAGUUGUCAUCCGGUGCAUAUAACCACGCAAAUUGGCUGUUUUUGAAGCACUGGGCCAUGAUAGAUCAACCUUUAGACCAGAGCUUAUGUGAAGCCUCGGCAUUCUUCUCUCGUGAACUACAGGUUACAGCUCUGAAGGUCUUGGAAUGUUGCCUUGAUUGGUGUUCGGUAAAUCAGACUACACAUGAGGAUAGCGGUCUGAACCUGGUUACCGACUUUCUGGAGCGAUGCACGGCCUUCGAGAAUCGUGUGAAACGUGACGCAACCGCGGCGAGGUUGGAUGAUGAACAUACGGACAGCGAUAAGGUGUUCUGGUUUAUUUUGAGAAGUUCGAGCACGAAUUACAACGAGCGCUAUUCCAUGGUAGAGCACAAGUUAACACUCACCGUGAGCCGAAGUAAUGUCGAUACCAUAUUCAGCAUAUGCCAACGAUCUUCGGAUAAUGCAUACGAAUUGCAAACCUUGCUGCACAUGUUCCUCUUCGAUUCCUUGCGCAUGUUCGAUGUACUGGGUACGUCAAACUACACUAAUGCGCUUGUGGAUUACCUUGUCAAUACUUCAGUAAAAGGCGAAUCCGUGCUGCCUAUAUUGUCUAAAAUGCAGUUCCUGUUUUAUCUCCUGCUUCGGGAUGGCAAAAGUGCCCCCGAAACCAUCGAUUACUUGACGCGCAAAGUGUACAACGAAUUGUUGGAAAUGAAGGAGCUCCACGCUACGUCUGGCACCGCUAUGGGUGAUGUUCGAGGUGCAGUGGUAAAAGACGACUUCAUGGAUUACUCCACUGUGCUCGUUGGCAGUCCAAUAUAUGACGAAGUAGCGUUAGCCUUGGAGUUGCAUCGAUAUGGCAUGGGCGAUGUGAUCGCCUGCCAACGCAAUAUUGUUAUAGAUCCGAAGGCCAACAUUACAAGCAAGUCGGUGCUCGAUUUCGUUGAUGCCUAUGUUAGCGGUGCAAUAUCCGACGCAGAAUCCCUUGAAGAAGGUAAGCGCCCAGCGCUGUUUAUGCGUCACGUAGAAUCGCCCAAUGCUGCCCUCUACAAAUUUGUGAUUGACCGCAUUAGAUUCUUGGGAUGCUGGCUUUGCCACCAACUGCUGAUGGGUGAGGUGGACAGUAAAAUGCUCCACAAAGCGCAUGAUUACGCGUUAGGACUCUUGAACCUCCAUGUACAGUUGCAGGGAGAUUUGCCCAGUAGCUCUAUUGCGGUUGUCUCAGCGAUUUUGGUAUCGCUGCGCCGGUUAAUGUCAGGUGCGGAUCCACAUUCGUGCGUGUAUGACGUAAUGUUGGAAACGUGGUCGCUGCAAGACAUCACAGGCGACGACUUGAAGCUGGACGCUGUCCAAUACAUGGUUGAUCUUGUGGACGGCUCCGACCUGGGCGUCAAAAGGGACGACUCGGUUGAGGCACCACCUGUAGAGUCCUUGGACACAAUAUCUGGUGUGAUGUUGUUUUGGGAUGGUGUCUCCAAGGAAAACGGCUUGCCAUCCCUACGAGAUAACAUCCGCCGCAUAGAGUUGUUGCGUGGCAUGCUGAGCGAGCACAUGCCAGCGCCACAGUGGAGCGGCCUUUUUGCGACCCUGUACCUGGUAUCGCCCAUCGUUAGCAAGGCUCUCCAUUUGGACUGCAAUGCAACCAACGGAUGUAUAAAGACGUUGUACGCCUCCAUAGUGAGAGACGAGCCGCCACAAACAGACAUUAUCGCCGCCUUCAAACAUGAGUUGACAACGGAUCAUGAUGCUACGAAACACAACCCAACAACGGACGCAUACCACUCCGAUUCGACAGUCCAACGCCUAUCUGCCAAAGUAGUCGAGAUAUUGUCGGCGCUAACGCAGGCGUCUGCUGAUAAGCGCAUGUUGCUACUGAAGGACCUGUGGCGCAUAUGUGGGUUGCUACUCCUUGCAGCGAUGCCCAACACUUCCAUGAUCAUCACCGAACUUCGUAAAGGCCUUGACAUUGAAUACAGAAACAGCCUCUCGAUGAAACUGAAGCGUCGAUUGGACGCAUUCGUGACUUGCGAUACUCUGUCGGAUGGUGAGGUUCGCAGUUCGUAUCAGUUCCUUACGGAGAAGUUAGAGGAAUUGGCGGAGUCAAAUGAUCAUCGAACCUUUUCAUUAAGAUUUUAUGCGUCUGCAGAAAAUGUUAAUGAGGGCUUUGGAUCUCUGGAUACCGUGGCGGUUAUGCGUCGCAUGCAACGGGACCUGGUUAAAUUCGUACACGAAAAUCUGAAAUUGGGAGGAAAUUAUUCCGUUCGCUGCGAUCACCAUUGCCUAUCGAACUUCAAAAGAUACCUAUUGCGCCAGUAUGUGCUUCUGCCUGAAAUAGUACGCCCUCUAUUAGUCGGUUUAGACUGUUUGGCUUUUGGACUCCCAGAAAGUGCAUCAGAUGCGCCUAGAGUUAUAGGCAACGUCCCCAGGUCGCUUCAACUGCAACGUGUAUCUCAAAGAUGUAUGCAAUUCCCGCUGAAUCUGCUCAAGCGUGUUGAUCAGGGUGAUUUGCUGUCACUUGGGGCGCAUUUCUAUGACUCCGGCAGCGCCUACGACGUGUUUUGUUAUCUCAAAUGCAUGGUUGCGAGUGUUCGUCACGACUUGUUACAACCCCCGUCAAUGGAACCUUUGAAGUACGUUAUGCUGCUUCUGUCAGGUAUAUCUUCACGUCUCAAGACCGAACGUGCUGAAGGGCAGGCCAUGCGCAUGUCGCUGUUGCAGUCGUGUAUGGCGAUGGCUCAGAAACGCGCUGACAAAGGUGUAUACGAUCUGUUCCCAUCGCAACAGGAGAUUGUAAGAGCUAUCGUUCGCGACUGUGGACCACUUGAGGAGUACGAAUCGUUGGAGCAGGAUGAAGAAGAGCCUGUGGCAGAGUCCGAGCAGACCAGAGACAUCCGCCGCAUCAAUGUGCUUUGCAAGCUCCUAUCGCUAGCUGUAGCACCGUUGGAAACUGAACACUCAGAGAAGCCUGAUGCUGAAACUGCUGAUGGCGAUGUGAAGCCGGAAGAUGAGCUGAUAAUGACCCGUACUACCGCCCUUCCAUCUCAGCGAGUAAUCACGCAGCAGAUGAAUGCAUCACUAUGUCUGGCCAUGGCAUGUGGAACGCUAUCCAAGGAUAUGUGUUCUUCAGAGGAAUCUGUGUUCAUUUCACGGCGACUAAUGAAGGCGUCUGAAGAGCACUUUGGGUACUCCGGCGACAAGGUGGAGGGAUCGUCGACCUCCUUUUAUAACACGGUUGAUAUCCCAUUCUGCCUCAAAGCUGGUGAUAUACUGGAGCGUUUGUCGGAACGUGUAAAAGCGUUACUCGAUCAGUUCGGUAGCCAGCAGCAGCUGUUGGAUAUAUCAGUGAUGCUGACCUCGAUGAACAAGAUGAAAAUCCCUUCGGUUACCCAGGUUCUCCUCGUUACCCUCUUGGAGAACUUGGUCGCUCGCGUGCACAAAUGGAACUCCAUUUCGCAUAGUGGCAUUUCUCUAAACGAUUUGGCAUCAGAACUGGAGAGUCUGAUUCUGGAGAUGCGACAUCGUGAACUCAAAGGCUGGUACUCAGCUAUAGACGACCGUGUCAGCUCUGUUCGCCAGGACGCUUACAGCUAUCUUGUCUAUUUCACGGAGAUGUGCAGCGACGUGUACGAUUCAAAUGUUCCGCUGCCUACCCGUGUAUCCAAGAUUGUUGGGGAGAUACUGCAAUGCGUCUUGGCCGCACCAGUGGCGCACUUUGAGCCUAUUCUUGGCAUGUUGGAGACGGUGGUGCAGCUGUACCGCGACUCGACUCUGCCUACAGAAGUUGUAAUGCGCACCGUUAUGGAGAACGUAUUGUGGUUCCUGAUGUUGUGGAUUCCUACAGUUACCUCUCACAUAUCUUCAUUAAAAAAAGAGACUCGCAAGGAAGUCAGUGAAUUGGUCAGGCGUAUAAACUGGUCCGGAAAUGAUUACCUGUCGAUCAGUGCGUUACUUCAGAAACAGAAGGUACAUAUGAGCUCGGUGAUGCGUAAAUUCCAGGAGGCGAUCAUGCAGCCAUUUUCUUCCGUCUACACCCCGACACCCGACCAAUGGUGCGAUAAAGUUAUCGAGAAAUCCGACGACGGCCUCCAUCAGCAACUGGAAGAUGUUCCGAAAGAGUCUGUUGACAGUGAAGAAAGCAGAGAUGAAACAACAGAGUCCGCCGAUGCAAGCGAGUCUCUAUUACUGGACAGCCUGCGUAGCAAUGUCGAAUACGUUCGCAAGAACAAAAACGAGAUAUCUCGAGUACAGAUAACACGCUUAACCGGUGAAAUCGGUCGGCUUCUAGGUGAGAUGGGGUACAGCGCUGUGUCUGGGCACGACAUAGGAGAUUGGAUUAGAUGGCUUGAUCUAGGUGCCUCGAUGAAAUCCCAUGGUUGCACUGCGGCAGAAGAGGCGAGGGGGUAUAUUAUGCGUUCAUUGCACAUAAUGUUCGACCUCCACGAAUCGUUCCGCGCCGACAAAGAUAAGUUUGAGUAUUUCAGCCGUAACGUUGACACUAACAUCUUUGGCUACCUGGUGACAAUGUUGCGGAGCGCGCAUAACAACAUACAGCAUGACGUUGCGGAAUUCGAGCGGUGCAACAUGACGAAGUCCCUAGGUUCCAUAUUCAGCAAGGCGCCGGUUUAUGAACUGGAUAGUGCAUGUUUUGAGCAAUUAUUGUCUUCUGUCGACGACAUAUACGACACGGCAUUACAGGCAAAUGAUGCUGAUUUACUUUCAGGAUAUAUUGCUGAUUCUAAAUCACCGUCUGACGGUGCAGAUCCAAUCGCAAACAGCGACAACCCUCUUUGGGCUCGGGUGGCGGAGUUCCGGUGCUGGCUUGAGGGAACAGAUGAGAUGUCCGUACACAAGUGCUCAACUCGCACUAAAUCCCCUCUGUUUGUAUCUGGAAAAUGGCUAGAAGGCGUAACAGCGUUCUGCGAUGACGUGGAACAGGGCGCCGGUUACCCGGCCCAGGUCCUGCCCUUUUUCCGCAGGGACGCAUCACGCAUCCGGUACAUCGUAGCCAAUGCCAAGCCUAUAUCGCAACUACCAGUCAUUGAGUCGGUAGCGUUCUGUGCCAAGGAUCCUAACCUGCCGUUGGCGUGUCUCUACAUGGCGCAGCUGAUCGACUGCAUCAGUAGGGUAACGCCGCCCGCCGAGGAGGGUAAGCAGGAAUCACGAGAGGAGUGGAAUGCAGGCACCGGCCUCGAGGAUGGCACCGGUGCUAAAAAUGUAUCGGAUGAGGUGGAUCCCGAGGAGGGCAUGUUCGACAACUUCAAGAACGAAACUGCCCCGGAGCACGGUGAUGUCCAACGCGACAAUCCGGCAGUGGAUGUUGAUAUGGAAUUCGAAGGCGAUGUGCUUGACCUAGAAAACUCCAGGGAGUGCAGUGAUAUUGAGGAGGAUGAGAAUGUGGGCCACAACGACGAAUUCGAAGACCUGCAGAAGCAGCGGUUGGACGCUGAUCUUGCGGAAGACGACCCCUCUCCCGAAAACGAUGGAGAGCCUUUGGACAUUCAUGGUUCAUCCACUAAGGAAACAAAAGAUGUCGCAGAUGAUCCUGAUGCUGCUCCCACAGAGACGGCAGAGGGCGAUAACGAUUACACCAGCGAGGUAGACAAGCAACAGGAUGCACCCCAGCAACAAUCUCAUCCCGCAGAUGAACAUCCCGAACAACUGGAAGGUAUAGAUGAGACCGAAGAUGGUGAUGGCGAUGGUGAAGCAGCAGACGGACAAAGUGAUGCUGGCGACGCAGGUGAUGAGGAUGCUAGCGGCCCCGAUCCCGGUCUAGAUUUAGGCGAGAACGAUUUGGAGAUCGACGGUGACGAAGGGGGUGAUGUUGAUCGAAUGGAUGAAGAUGCUGUGGAUGAUGAUUCUCAAGAAAAGGGAGAAUCCAUGGAUGACCCCAUGGGUGAGGGCGAAGCCAUGGAAGAAGACACGGUAUCCCCUGACGGCCCUGAGCCUCGAGGUAUGUUUCACCGAGUAUUAUCCCCCUAUGAUGAUAUCAAGAGGCCUUUGAUCAGUGAAAUCACAUGUCCUCGAGAAGCUCGCAGCCGGAGGGACUACCAUGAGACUCCCUAUGGUGUCGAGGGAAAGUCAGACUCUCAAAUCCGCAACGAAGAUUAUCAAGGCACUGGUGGUAACAGCUACGAGGAGGAUUCACAUUCCGGUGCAUUUUGGGGCGAAACGGCUCGAACCCAAGGCGGUAGCAUGCUGAGCUUCCUGGAUACAAUCCAGCGACUUGACAAUCCCUCCGGGCAGCACGAUAAUGAGAAUGUAAAGGCAAGAAAUAUAAUUGAAUCAAUGAGCGACGGCAAUAACAAAAGCGAGAAUGAGUCGAUGCUUAACGAGCUUGACGACUCAAGUAACCUCGAGGGCAUCUCGGCGUCUAUGGAUGGAUCUGCUGCUCCCAACAUUGAUCUUAUGGAUGUGUCCUUAGCCGAUAGGAAUACACAGGAAUCCAGCCCAAUGGACGUUUGCGAUGAGUUGGCAGAUCAGAGCUCGACUUCGGAUAAAAAAUCUGGCUCCUCUCCACCCAAGGACGACGCGAUCCGCACAGAUGAUCACGUCGACAGCGACGCUAAUGAUAUGGGUCCCGAUGUGUCAGCUGUUAUGAGAGGAACGGUCACAUUUGAUGUGUCUGGGACUCCGCCUGAUCUCCCGUCGAAGGCGCCCCGGUCCAGCAGCGAUGUGAACAGGUCAGCCGCAUAUGCACUGUGGCAUCAGUACCGUGACGAAACCAGCGCAAUUUCGACCAACCUUUGCGAACAGAUGAGAAUGAUACUUGAACCCUCGCUGAAAUCAAGCCUGCAGGGUGACUAUAAGACCGGGAAGCGCAUAUCCAUAAAAAAGCUUAUGGCGUUCAUCGCAUCCAACUACCAACGUGACAAGAUAUGGCUGCGUCGGUCGAAACCCAACAAACGCGAUAACCGUGUCGUGCUAGCAAUGGAUAACAGCCGGAGCAUGGCAGUGUCGAACGCGGGCAACCUGGCAUUGAAGUCGUUCGCUUGCAUAUACCAGGCCAUGUCUGUUUUGGAGGUGGGAGAGCUGAGUGUUUGCAAGUUCGGAGGCGACGUGCCCGAGAUGUUGCUGGAGAUGGACGGCAGUGAGGACCCCUGCAACGUGGUUGCCGGGAUGACCUUUGACGAGGAGUCACGCCAUUCUCAUGAGACUGGGCUGCCAGAGCUGAUGAAGUACGUGUUGCGCUACCUAGAGCACCAGAAAGAGCGGCGUAAGAUCCUGGUGAUAAUCUCAGAUGGGAAAUUCAACAAGGAGAAGGCGCGGCCGUGGAUCCAGGCAGUCAUCAGCAACCAAGUAGUGCCGUUGCUGGUGAUACUGGACCCGGUGACGUCAAACCAGAGGUCAAUUAUGCAGAUGAAACAGGUUCGGGAGAUAAACGGAAAACUAACAGUGGAAACCUUCCUCUCGAACUUCCCGUUCCCGUACUACGCAGUGAUCCAGAAUUUGGAUAGGCUGCCAAGUAUUUUGAGCGAUCUACUACGGGUGCAAUCGUUGCUGACCUUUUUUUGGCUAGAAAACGGCCGCAACAAGAAAUCAACAGCCUUCAAAAUGCGGUUCAAAAUAUUGUCGUUUCUCUUUCUGAUAUGUGGACUUCUAGCGGCGUUCCUGCCGUCUACAAUCUCCACUGGCGCCAAGAGCAUCAUAGGAGGCAUUGGAAAUGCAGCCUUCCGAGCCACUAAUGUCAUAAAUUCACUUGGAUCAGUGAUGAACAUUGCGGGCCAGACGAUUAGCGGCGCUGGUACCAUCGCUCACGGCUUCAAGAGGAUGUUCACGGACGUGGACAACGGCACCAAUCCUAUAAACUUCGGAGGAGGCAACCUCGGCGCCUACUACAACUUCAUGUACCCGGACAACGACGACUACCCGUGGGCGUGCGUUUGUAACGGUUUCGACCUCGAGAAGUACUAUCGCAAAGAGCAGCCAUAUGUGCGCUGCCGUAACCAAGAGGACCUGUCGUUCCACAACUAUCAGGCGAACUGUGAUCCGGAAAGUGUCUCCAACAAGCCAUUCUGA